CGCAGCUGGCCUCAAGUAGAAGGGCACUUGCGGCAAAGCGAGCAACCUUCUUCUUGACCGGCCGCGGCCUGCCUGCCCUGCCGGCCUGCGCGUCGCAUUUACACCGCGCCUCCCGAGGCCAGCGGUAGCAGGGCUCGCCACACCACAGCCAGCUGCGAGCGGCGAGUUCUUUAAGGAAGCGGCAGGGCCGCCUUUGCCCGGCUUUGGCUUGGAGCGGGAGUCGAGUGGCUUGCCUUCUCGGUGAAGACAAGCGAGAAGCGAGCAUUCUUGCCUCUGUCCCUCCUCACCCUCUCCUGCUUUCCUUCUUGUCCUGUUUCUACUAGUAGCAGCAGCAGCCAGCCGCCGCCUCUGCCUGUGCGGGAGUAGGAAGAGGGGUUGGGAGGGAGGGAGAGAUGAGCGUGACCAAGUUCAUCAAGUGCGUGACGGUGGGCGACGGCGCGGUGGGCAAGACCUGCAUGCUCAUCUGCUACACCAGCAACAAGUUCCCCACGGACUACAUCCCUACGGUGUUCGACAACUUCAGCGCCAACGUCUCCGUGGAUGGCAACAUCGUCAACUUGGGCCUCUGGGACACUGCUGGGCAAGAGGACUACAGCAGGCUGAGGCCGCUGAGCUACAGGGGCGCAGACGUGUUCGUGCUGGCCUUCUCCCUGAUCAGCAGGGCAAGCUAUGAGAAUGUUCUUAAGAAGUGGGUGCCAGAGCUGCGCAGAUUUGCACCCAAUGUUCCAGUUGUUCUUGUUGGGACCAAGUUAGAUCUCCGUGACCACAGAGCCUACCUUGCUGACCAUCCCGGAGCUUCAACAAUCACAACGGCACAGGGUGAAGAACUGAGGAAGCAGAUUGGUGCUGCAGCUUACAUCGAGUGCAGUUCCAAAACGCAGCAGAAUGUCAAGGCUGUCUUUGAUACUGCCAUCAAAGUGGUCCUUCAGCCCCCUCGGAGAAGGGAGGCAAUGCCUGCAAGGAGGAAAAGUAGGCGCGGCUCUGGAUGCUCCAUUAUGAACCUGAUGUGUGGCAGCACGUGUGCUGCUUAGGAGGUCGUGGCCUCGAGGAAGUUGAAGACUCGAAAAGCGGUGUGUAUGUGUUUUGGCAAGUGAAUUUGCUAUAGAAUGGGACAGCAUGGAUGCCUGCUUCUCUUGUUUUCCUUGGCUCUUCUGUAUGCUUGAGUUUUAGGCUUAGUGCGUCAGACUCUUCGAGGACUGACUGAUAAGACUUCAGUGUCAUGUAACAAGUUUGUUAGACGAGGAUCGCUGUAAUGUUCUGCAGGUGGGAUGUGGUAUAAGUACUUGGUACUAUAUAAGUAAGCCAGAGCGUGUUCAAGGCUA